UCUCUCUAAUAACAAAGAACCACGUGUUGACGCUCUCGAACCUACCAAGAAAAAAAUAUUCAAAAAUAUAAAAAAAGAUGAAAAAAAUUUGAAAAAGGGAACUUCCCACUUCACGCUUCACGGAACAUUACGCUUCCCCCAAGACCAGCCACGUGUGCCCCACCUUUCGGCAGUGCUUGACACUCCCUCACUUCUUAUUGGUUGACGGUGGUCCCACUCCUCAAACGGAAUCCAAUUACUACCAGAUUUGCAUCUUUCUUCCCCUGGGCCCCACUCUCUAUAAAACAUAAUUCAACCAAUUAACGUCCCGUCACUAUUUCCGUUACCUAGCCCUAGGGCCACGUGUUCUUUUUUCUUUUUUCUUUUUUCUUUUUUCUUUUUUUUUUUAGAAAUCAUCCGCACCGCACUGUGCUUUGCUUUGCUUUGUUUUGGUGUGUUUUUGUUGUUUAUCAUCGUACUCUUUCUCUCUCACACUCGAAAACGAAAACGCCAUGCCUGAACUGAAAACUGAAAAUCUGUUUUUGUAGUUUCGUAGUAAGUUUGUUUGUUCGUCAUGGAUGGCGGUGAAGCAGCAGCGCAACGGAUGAUCGUUGGAUCUUGUGGUAAGACGAUAAUCAAUCCGAUAAUGAUGAGAUUCCGACCGAUUGCUCCGAAGCCUGUCCCCGGAGGAUCUAUUUCCGGUGGUGCAUCGUCGUUGGAAAGUAAGAACUCGUCGAUUUCCAAAGGAAGGACGAAAAGGAAGUACGUUAGGGUUAGAAGAUAUAAUAGGAAAAAGAAAACUACAAGAAACGGGGAGAUCGCUAAUCAUGAUGAGGCCGCCGUGACGACGGCGGAGGCGACGACGACACUACAACUGCUACCGGUGGAAUUCAUCGGCGGCGGAUCUGAGUGGUCGGAGAAUAAAACGGUUACCGGAAGGAUGGAAAAGGAGAUGGUAUUGGUAUCAGAUCCAAAACGUGAAGCGGUGGAAUUGUGGGUGACGGUAGAAUGCGUGACGGACGCAUGCAUGGAUCUAGAAUUGAAGGAAGGGGAGAUAGGGUGUACGGAUGAAGAGAGGAUAAAGAAUCUAGAGGAAGACACGUGUCCAGGGUUUGUAUCGGACGGUAUGAAUAGAGUAGAGUGGUUAAACAAGGCAUUUAAGAGGAUGGUAUGGCAAAGGGAAAGGGAAAGGGAAAAGAGAAUAAGGAACAUCAACGAGGGUGAGGGUGAGUCACCGGCAGAAGUAGGUGUAUGGUUAAUAUCAAAACCCAAAUUACCUAAUUUGAGAAGAGUAUUUACGUGCCAAAUAAAGCUGCAGUUUAAAAGAGGUACGGAAAUGGAGAAGGACUCGAAAGUUGUGCCGUGCGAUGCGUGGAGAAUGGACGGUGGAGGAUUUGCAUGGAAAUUAGACGUCAAAGCUGCUCUCACUUUAGCUCCUUUGCUUCAAGAAGAUUUUGAUUGAAAUUGAACUCAAUUGAAUUUCAGGUGAUACCGAAGUUGGCACUAUGAAAGUGUAAAUAAAUAGGUGAUUAAACAUGUAAUAAAAGGAAGGUAGUAGCUGUGUGCAUUAUGGGUCGUCACCAAGUAACCAAGCAAGACACACUUGGAAGGAAUGGUCGCUCAAUGCAAAGAAAUGAAACAAAUUAGUAACUACGUACUCUACUAGUAGCUCAAAGUUGCACUAUAUAAAAUUGACCAAAAAAAUUGUAACAUAUAUAAAUUAAUGGUUGAACUUUGCAGCAACAUGAACCUCAUUUCCUGUGUCUAUUGUAUAGAAUGAUGUAUUAUCAUUUACAUAUUUUUCUUUUCUUUUUUUCCUACUGAAAUUGAUGACUCUAUUUUGAUCCUCAAGGAGGUUGCAGGUAAAAGUGAAAAACUAUAUCCAAUGGUAAGAGGUACUCUUUUUGACAGUU